GCACCACCUGAAAAUUUGAAUAAUUUGGAUUAUUCAAACAAAAAAAAAUAUAUAAAAAUUCAUUUUCUGUUAAAUUAUACAUUUUGUAAAUGAUUAUGCCCAAUAUAGUAUAUACUUAUUCUAAGAAACCGUCGUCUAUUGAACCAUAGUAUAGGGUACAGUGAUGAAUGAACGGUAAUACCACGCGUACAUUUAUUUUGGUCACUAAUGAUAUUAGUUUCGUUAUUAGGCCUAGCUACGGCUAUUAUUUAAGGGGAAAUAUUUAGGCAAUUUUUAAUCAAUUACAGUUUACAAUGAUAUAAGGACAUAAGGUACAAUUUUUUGGUGGGUUCAGGUUUUUCAGAAUAAAAAUCGAACAACGUAAACUAACUUUAAUUUUGUUAAAACUUAAGGUCUUUUGAGCUAAAAUUGACAGCAGUGGCGAGGCCUCUUAACUGUGGUACAUUAUUAUGGGUACAACUUAUAUUGUCAAUAAAAGUAUUUUUGAAGUAUAUAGUGAGCUACUUAUUAUCUAUCUGCAGGCGUACCUGGUCAUUGCAUAACAUAAUAAUAUUAUAGUCAGCAUAGAUUACUAAAAUCAUUAUUCUAAUCAGUAUUCACUAUUCAAUCAUAUAAUAUUACCCAUCUAACCAUUGUAAUCUAACUUCUAGCUUUGACUAUUAUAUUUUUUAAUACUCACAAUAGGAGUACAGUUACAAUAUAUCUAUAUUAUGUAUAUUGUCUACAUAUAAACUUAGCAUUUUUUCGAAAACGUAUGUACUUUUUUUCUUACAAAACGAACGCGCAACGGUUUUCCCAAUUACCUACAUAAUUGGUGCGUGCCGAUCUAAGACGUUUAAGUACAAAUAAUAAACAAGAGCAACGUUAAGCGAAUCAGUCAGGAAGGUUGUAUGUUGUAAGCUUUUCAUACAUUCACGAGAUGUUACUAAAUUUCAAAAAGGUCACAUUGGUCAUUGGUUUGUCCUUAACUGUCAUUGUCAUCUGCAGUGUCCUGUACGUGUUUACUGUAGGAUGGGAACAACAAAAUAAUGACGUCGUUGGACCGGGACUUUUUUCUGAUUCUUCGCUUAAAUUCGUCAGCGUACUGGUCCGUCAUGGAAAUAGAGCACCAAUGAUAAAAUACGAAACAGACCCACACAAGAAUGCUUUUCCAGAAGGAAUAAUGGAAUUAACGAAAAAAGGAAAGCACAAUAUGUACAAAAAAGGACAGUUAUUUCGACGCUUAUAUAAUGGCUUCUUAAGUGACUUAUAUUUGGACAGUGAGAUUUUAAUCAAAACUACCAACACAAGUCGGACGUUCAUGUCAGCGGCAAUGGUUUUGGCAGGAAUGUAUCCACCAAAGAAUUAUCAAAAAUGGUCGAACUCAGAAACUGUGUGGCAGCCUAUUCCCAUUUACAGCAAUUCACCAGAUCACGUACAUAUUAUCGGUAGACCGGGAAUAUGUCCGUCUAUUGAUUCUUUUGACGCAAAUGUCACACACUUUCUAGAUUAUUCAACAGACAAAAAUAUAACAGCAUUGAAAUCGUUUUUAUCGGAAAAUUGCGGACAACCGAUGACCAGCAAAAAUGUUCCUCUACUGUACGACCUUUUUUUGUGUCAAAUAGCUGAAGGUUUAUCACUACCGGAAUGGAUUAAACCUUACCACCUUGCAACAAUGGAAUCAAUUUAUUCAGAAGUUGUAAAAAAUAUACUUUUUGAAAAUACGACUUUAAUGAAAUUAUUUGUAGGACCUCUGCUAAAUGAAAUUGGUUUGAACAUGGAAUUGAUUUCAAAUAAUUAUAAUAAAGCAAGAAAAAUGCAUCUUUAUUCGGGAAGCGAUAUUAGUAUAGGAAUGGCAAUGAGCUUUCUUGGCCACAUUAUUGAAAUGCCCGGUUUCGGUGCUUCGUUACAUUUCCAUAUGUAUUACGACGUAACAAAAGGAUACACAGUUAAGGCAUUCUAUUUUGAUCGAUGGGACAAUGAAAAGAGUGAAGAAAUCUCAAUACCUAUUUGUGGUAAUCCUUGCAAAUUUGAGGACUUCAAAAAACUUUUGAUCAAUAAUUUCUCUGAAAAAUGGGAAUAUGUGUGUCAAAAAGUAUAAAACUACCUAUGAAAUAUUUUCUUAUUUUAUUUUAUUCCUUUGUCUACCCAGUGCCCAAUGCUAAAUUUCAUUACAUUAAUUAGUAGUUAUAAACAUUGUAAAAAAAAUUAUGUUAUUAUAAACAUUGUGUUUUAAAAAUAAAUAUUUAAAACAAUAA